AUGGAGCAGCCGCUGCAGGAGCUGGUCGAUCAGCUGGUGGCCGCGACCCCUCAUGUUCACUCCGCUGCCAUCAUUCGCCGCCGCGACGCCAAGAUCAAUUGCCACUCGCAGGCAUUUACGCCCACAAAUGACCUCAAGCACUUGCUCGAGGCCUUUCGCGAUACGCGCUACGUGCGCGAGAACAAUCUUGUAUAUGAUGGCCGCAACUGGCUUUGCCUGAGAGCCGAUCACGAUGCCGUCUACGCCCGAGACGGUCGCCGCGGUCUGAUUGCCUACGCAACUGCCAACCACAUUGUUGUCGGUCUCUACGAAGCAGACAUGACACCCGCCGUCUGCGUUGAAACCAUCGAGCUUCUUGAGGCAUCGACCUUGGCCAGCAAGGGCUGCAAACGUUUGCUCAAGUCCGCACCCAAUUUCGCUCCCGCCUACCCCAAGCACAAUAAAGCACAGCAGUCAGCCCCGAUCAGCAUCUUCCAAAGCAAUGCACACCAAACCCACGAGUUAACCCACCUUGGCUUGGGCCUCCGUGAGCAGGUUCUCCAGCUCAGACUGUGGCGUUUCAAGAGGGAAAACCACUGUGAGACCAAAAGCAAGUCGCAGACAGCCCCACAUCCAAUCUGGGUCAAGAGCCUACAUCGACCUAAAAGCUCGUGCGGAAACCUACCGCGACAGUCUUCUCGUCGCUUGCUGUGCCCUCAGCAGCAGCUGGCGCAGCGCUGA